UUUGGUGCUGGGAGGCGGGCCGCGGGGUCGCGGUCCGCGCCGCCGCUGUCUUGCUGGGCCCAGAAGACUCACGUGACCGACGCGGGUUCUGGAGCCGCCGGCUGCUCUAAGGAGGCAUCGGUGGUGGAGGAGGAGACCGCAGCUCGCGAGGUAGCGGCCUGGCGAGGGACAGGCCGGCUGCCCUGGCCGACAGCCACGGCGGAGAAGAAAAAUGGCGGAGGCCUCGGCGGCCGGGGCGGGUUCGGGCGCUGCUGUAGCCGCGCACCGAUUCUUCUGCCACUUUUGCAAGGGCGAGGUUAGCCCCAAACUACCGGAAUAUAUUUGUCCCAGAUGUGAAUCAGGCUUUAUUGAAGAAGUGACAGAUGAUUCCAGUUUUUUAGGUGGUGGUGGAAGCCGGAUAGAUAAUAGCACAUCAACACAUUUUGCAGAGUUCUGGGACCAUUUGGACCACACAAUGUUUUUCCAAGAUUUUAGACCAUUUCUCAGUAGCAAUCCACUGGACCAAGAUAAUCGAGCCAAUGAAAGGGGUCAUCAUACUCACACUGACUUCUGGGGACCUAGUCGUCCUCCACGACUGCCAAUGACUCGGAGAUACAGGUCCCGAGGAAGUACUCGUCCUGAAAGAUCCCCAGCUAUUGAAGGAAUAAUACAACAGCUCUUUGCAGGAUUCUUUGCAAAUUCUGCAAUUCCUAGAUCCCCACACCCUUUGUCCUGGUAUGGGAUGCUGCAUUCCAACCCUGAGGACUAUGCCUGGGGUCAGACAGAGCUUGAUGCAAUUGUAACCCAGCUUUUAGGACAGCUGGAAAACACAGGCCCUCCCCCAGCUGAUAAGGAAAAAAUCACAUCUCUUCCAACAGUGACAGUAACUCAGGAACAAGUUGAUAUGGGUUUAGAGUGUCCAGUAUGCAAAGAAGAUUAUACGGUGGAAGAGGAGGUCCGGCAGUUACCCUGCAACCACUUCUUUCAUAGCAGUUGUAUUGUGCCGUGGUUAGAACUGCAUGACACGUGUCCUGUGUGUAGGAAGAGCUUAAAUGGUGAGGACUCUACUCGGCAAACCCAGAGCUCUGAGGCCUCUGCAAGCAACAGAUUUAGCAGUGACAGCCAGCUACAUGACCGGUGGACUUUCUGAAGCUAAAACCACACCUGAGCCAGGGUUUGUGGUAGUCUUAAUACCACAGCUGUAAAUUGUAUCCAAACAAAAAAUAAUAGAUGGAUUUAGGAAUCUCUUAAGAAACUCCAACCCAUAAUACUAAUGCAAUCAAUGAGUGUUUUUCCUCUCCAGAUUUAAAGUUAGUAUCUACAGAUGGAAUUGUAUCUACAACCAAAUGCCUCUUAUUCCUGAAUUCAGAGUGAUAGUUUUGUAAGUGUGAAACUUAAUUAUGUGGGUUCUUCCCCCCCCCCCCAAAAAAAAAAUAGAAUCAGUUCCUUAAAGUCUAGUUAGGGUCCUGCUGUCUGUCUUGCUGCCUUGUAAUGGAGGUUUCAGCCUCCUCCUCUAAUCUCCAACUUACCAUUAGUAUAUUUUACAAUAACUACAGUGGAAUCAGAACCCUGAAGUCCUGCUGACAUAAAGUUCUUUUGUCUUGAUUGUA